AUGGCACUCAUCGAACUCGUGGAUGGCACCCCAGACGGGACGGUCGGGCCCGCUAAGGUGUACUAUGCGUGCCCCGAUGUGUCAAAGGGAGACGAACGCGUCGUGUUUUGCCAUACGAUGGCUGGGCUCGGCAUUGUGCCGAUGAGGACGCCCGGCUGCUGGCGCUACGGCUGGAAGAUCGAGCCCUCGACUGCUUGCUACAACACGACGGCGCUGUCGUAUUAUAACUACAAGGGCAAGAGGGUACCCAUGAAGCUCGUCCAGGACGCCAGCCCCGGCAUCCAAAUGCUCCUCAAGCACCAUAUGUUUCAAAUGGUAGAGUGGCUUCCGCCGCCCUCUACCACGACGACGACCACCAGCGAGCCGGAGCCCACGGAGAGCGGCAGCAGCGAGGACGACAACCUCCGCGCCCAACUGGCCAUCGAGCGCGCCGACGCUGUCUACUACCGCUUCAUGCUGCUGUUCAUCAGCUUCGCGACGGCGGUGGGGAUCCUGGGCGCUUCGCACUACAUCAAGUACCGCACCGUGGUCAAGGCGCAGAAGCUGUACGGCCCCAACGCUACGGCCAACAACGUGCCGCGCGGCAGGCCAGUUCAGCAGCUGGAAGAGCGACCGACCCCGACGGCGCCCGAUUACAUUGUGUUUUGCUACACGGAAUGGGUAAAUGAGCGACCCGGGCACGAGCAAGCGCGGAUCGAGCCGAUGGGAUGCUAUCAGUACGGCUGGAAGAAUAGCCCCGAAAGCAGAGCCGAGUGCCAAAAUGCAUCGGUGCUGAUCGAGCAUUAUCUACAAGGAUGGCCGAAAGAACCAAUCAAGCUGAUCAUGCCAGCCGGGAAGGGCCUAAUCGCGCUGGCAAAUGAAUACGUCAAGGACAUUUCAUUUGCGGGCGAACCUAUUGGAUUCACGAGGACUGCGACGCGACGUGACGACUUUGUAUAUGAUCCGUCCUGGCUGCUUACGACGCCUGCCACCACCACCACUACUACGACGGAAUCAAAGCAUACUAAACCCGCCGAGCCGAAACCAACGGAAAGCGACGAUGAUAUCCGGAAGCGACAGUUGCAGCUUGAGAAUUCCGACCGCGAGUUGUACCAAUACCUGCUGCUCGUCUUGAGCUUCGGCGGCGCGUUGGCGAUCGGAGUGGCCUUCCAUGAGCUGAUCACGAGCGGGACAAAACAGUUUAACGUCACCUACGCAUGCCCCGACAUCCCGACGGAGCCGGACUACAUCGUGUUUUGCUACACGGAAUGGGUGAUGGAGCGAAAGGGGCACGAGCAAGCGCGGAUCGACCCGAUGGGAUGCUAUCAGUACGGCUGGAAGAGGAGUCCCGAAAGGAGAGCCGAGUGCCAAAACCCAGCGGCGAUGGCUGAGGGAGAUCUCCAAAAAUGGCCGCAAAAACCGAUAGAGCUGAUCAUGCCGGCCGGGAAGGGCCUAAUCGCACUGGCAGAUGAAUACGUCAAGGAUAUUGGAUGGGGCGGCGAAUAUGUUGGGUUCACGAGGACUGCGACGCGACGUGCCAACUUUGUGUAUGAUCCUUCCUGGCUGCCUAUAACGACAACGACAACCACCACAACCACCACAGCCACGACGACUACCACGACGACCACAACCACCACAACAACUACAACCACCCCCGAGCCGGAACCGACGGAAGACGCCGAUGAUAUCCUGAAGCGACAGUUGCAGCUCGAGCAUGCCGACCGCGAGUUCUACCAAUACGUGCUGAUCUUCUUGAGCGUCGCCGGCGCGGUCGCGAUUAUUGGCGGCGGGAAAUUGUGCAUCUACUUCGAACAGAAGAAACGGAACUUCCCCGAUCGAGAUCCGCCCCCAACUCCGCCGGCCAACCCGACGCCGAACGCGCCCACCAAUCCAGCCACUCCUACCGCGCAGACGACCACAACCACCACGAAUGAACAAAUCGCC